AGUUGUGAAAACGUGUUUGAUUAAAAAUUUGAAAAUAUUUUCAGAGAAAAUAUUUCCGAAAAUGGGUCAACUUUUGAAAAUAAAAAAAAGUCGUUUUCACAUUUUCAAUGAAAACGGAAACGAAAUGAUGAAAACACGCGGUGGCAGGGUUGUAAUUAUAAUGAAAUUGGUUUCUUUCUUUUCUUUUCGUUCUGAAGGAAGAAAGUGUGUGCCGGCCCUAACCUCUGCAAGUUCUUCUCUGCUACCUCCUUCAUCCCACAACCAAAGUUCUUCUCCUUCUCUUUUGUCUUCUCUUUUUUGAAUUUUUGAAACGUGAAACUGGGUUCUCACCAUGUUGCACUGUGAACCCUAUUUUAUGUCUUUUUUGGGUGCCAUCUGAUAUGAACCUUAUUUCUUGGUUACUCUAUUUUGGGUGCUUCACUUGAUGGGUUUUGGUUGAUUUUGGAGCUAGUUUUUUCGGUUUGGUGUUUCAAUCCAUGUUUAAACCCUCUAUACUGCCUUCAAAAUCUGUAAAACCCAUGUUUUUUGGUUGAUUCUGAACUCUAUUCCUUGGCUGGUUUGCUUUUUAUGCUGGGCUCCACUGGUCUUUUAAGAUGUCCAGGCAAAUUGCUCCACUUUGACUGCUGAUAUUAGGGUGUCUUCAACAAUUAACAUACAACACAGAAUCCACAGAUUAACCAACUGGACAUAUAUUUUUUCAUAGUAAUACAUGUCAUAUGUGCUAUGCAAAAACACGUGAUGCUGAGGCAAUUGAAACCUUGGGUUUGCCAUAGAACCUAGUGGCUUUAUGUGGAGACUUGGCUGGUUGCAUAUUUUUCCUGUUUCUGUAAGGGCCCGUGGCUGCUAUUUUUAAAUUAGUAGGGGAUUUGAAUUGUUUUUGGUAUGGUGUUAUGUUUCCUUUGUACAGUACCAGUACUAGAUAGAAGUAGCUUUAGUAUUCUUCCUUCUUUCUUGUUUUUGCUUUGUACAUGGCUUAAAAUACUCAUAGUAUUUCCAUUAAUUAAACUUUGGCUUACCAAAAAAAAAAAGGUUUACUUGUAGUAGGAACAACUUUGAUGUAGGAAUGCUUGCAUCUUGGUUGCUUGUAGUUGGCUUUCCAAUAAUAGGUGCUGGUUCUUUUUCAGUUUUUGGGAAUGCCUCCACCAUGGUAAAUUUGGUGGGGCUUUUGGUUUUGGGACUAGUAGGGGUGUGAUGUAUUACCUUUUCUUUUGUUUUGUUGGGGAUUGAAGCUAGUGGCUGCAUUUGGUUAUUAACUUUUUCCAGUUGUUGUACCAAUAAUCUGAAUGUUAUGGCAUCCAUAUAUAUUGUCUCUUGUGCUUCUUUUAAUUGUGCUCUGCAGGGUCUGUUUUUUUUACUUGCCUUGUAAGAGUCUCUUGUGCCCUUUAUUAGUUUACUUGCUUAAUAUGAGAUUAUUUGCAUAAGAUGGGAGGAAAAACUGAGAAGGGGGAGAGCAUGGAAUGGACAACCCAAAACACAAAGAUAUUCAUUGAUAUUAUUUAUGAUCGAGUGAAAAAAGGGCAGCUGCAAGGGUCUACAUUUAAGAAAACAAUAUGGGAAGAAAUAAACAUUGAGUUGCAAAAGACAAGUGGAGCACCCCUACCUGAUGGUGUAGAAAGGCUGAAGGGAAAGUUUAAUCGGCUACGCCUUCAACAUCGUGAAUUUUCAACUUUGAUAUCUCGCACAGGAGUUACAUGGGAUCCUGAGGCUAACAAAGUGAAUUCUCCUGAAGAAGUAUGGGAAGAGAUGUACAAGAAAGGAAAAUUCUACAAGCAGUUUAAGAAACAUGGAUUUGAGCAUGACUAUUAUAUCCUUGGUGAGAUAUUUAAUUCUAGUACAGCAACUGGAAAGUUAAGUCAAGCUUCUACUCAAGAGCCACCAAACUCCGAUGAAGAGAGAGAGAAAUAGAGGAAGACUUUCUCUCAAAAGGUGUUCAUAUUGAUUCUAAAGUUAUUGAUGUUGAUGGAGAGGAUCUGCAAGAAGUUAGUAAAAGGAGAAAAGUCACUAGGACUUCUAGUGAAGGUCGUCGUAAGGAAGCAAAAAAUUCAAGGCUGGAUGUGUUAGAAUCAGCAGUGACCAAAUGGUCUAACGCAAUGGAUGCAAGGUCAGAUAGAUAUAAAAAUGAAGUUGAUUCUUCUGCAGACGCAUGCAUUAAAUUAUUAGAUUCCAUGGAUGGUAUUUCCCCAAAAGUUUUCAGCAUUGCCGUGGAGAAGUUUACAAAUAAGGAUUUGAGAAAAAUGUUUAUAGCAAUGUCUUCAAUUAGGAAAAUGGAUUGGCUAGGAUCUCUUGAGUAGUAUCAUUUAAUUGAUUCUAAUUUUAUGUUAUUUUGUUUAUGAGAUUGAAGAUCGGAUUUUCUUGUUUUGUUUCCUUGUUAGUAUUGAAUUGCUAUGAUAUGCGUUUAAU